GGCCCCGACCCGGCCCAUCAACGAGACACAAGCUAGGCUAGGCCGCUCUCCACAGUACAGCAUAGUAGUCCGUGCGCGCCACCGGUGUCCAUCAACCGACCAUUACUGAAACCUCCGAGGCCAGAGAAAACGUCAAUUUGUUGUUGUUUGACCACAGAAAAGUUCACGCGACCAGAACGGCAAGGUCUUUUGACACAUUUAUACUUACUGUUGUGUUGUUCUUAGUGAAUUGUUACAGUUUUGGGGAAUUUUAAUCGUGUCUAAAUCGAUCGGCUUUUUGUCCAGUGUGUCAAGGACAGAUAUGGCAGUGUAAAUAUCGCCGCGCGAAUGUUUCCCAAACUUUGAGAGUCUACGCACUUGCGCAUUAGAAAAAAUGGCUCCAGCACAGUCGAACGUCAUCGCACAAGACCAGAUGCAUCGUCAGCUGAAGAUGAGGCUCAUUCCACGUGAUCAAGACUGUGAUAAAUGUGACAAUACCUGUGAUAAUAACAAUUCAGUGUUACACAAUUAUAGUGGCAGUGAGAAAAUCAAUUCCGAAGCAGAAUUCGACCUGAGUAAAUACGAAGCGAUAGAAUUCAGGCCGAGGAUCAGAUGGCCCGACCUGACUGUGCAAAUAUCUUUACAUUUAGUUGCAAUUUAUGGACUAUUUUUGAUUUUAACGAAUCAAAUCAAGUUUUAUACGCUAUUGUUUGUACUGGGCACGAUAUACACGUCGGGCUUUGGGAUCACGGCGGGCGUGCACAGGCUAUGGUCACACCGGGCGUACCGCGCGCGGCUGCCGUUGAGGAUACUGCUGGCCUUCCUCUUCACUAUUACGGGACAGCGUGAUAUCUACACAUGGGCGUUAGACCACCGGGUGCACCACAAAUACACAGAGACAGUAGCAGACCCCCACGAUGUGAGACGGGGGUUCUGGUUCGCGCACGUGGGCUGGCUGGUGCUCACCCCCCACCCCGCCGUCGAAGACCGCCGGGAAGCCCUAAGGAAGACCUCCACAGACCUCAUGGCUGACCCUGUAGUGAGAAUACAGAAAACAUUUUUCAUUCCAUUGUUUGGACUGCUGAACAUAAUACUUCCGAUAUGGAUUCCGUGGUAUUUCUGGCAGGAGACCCUAGUGCACUGUUUCGUGGUCAGCUUCGUCACGAGGUUCACCAUCACACUGAACAUUGCCUUUUGUGUCAACAGCUUUGCGCAUCUAUGGGGCAACAAGCCUUAUGACAGGUUCAUAAAACCAGUAGAGAAUCAGCUAGUGAGCCUGGCAGCCCUGGGCGAGGGCUGGCACAACUACCACCACGUGUUCCCAUGGGACUACAGGACCUCGGAGCUAGGGAGGAUAAACAUUUCCACCAACUUCAUCGACACCUUUGCCAAGAUUGGAUGGGCUUAUGAUUUGAAAGCGGCAACUUCAGCGAUGAUUAUACAACGAGCCAAGCGAAGCGGUGACGGCACACUGGGGGAAGUGGAGGAACCGGACCCUACCCUCAGCACCACAGACAAACCCAGCGUUUCUCAGGGCUAAACACCAAACACUGAAAUACCUCUACGGCACCACAGAUAGUGCGAUAUUACCGGCCUCGACUUUGUCCUCAUCAAUUUAGGGGGAAAAGGCAAAUUCGAACCCGAACGAACAUCGAUCGAUUUCCACGGAUUUGGAUACGAUUUUUAUAAAUAUUUGAAUUUCUUCCAGUUUUUAUUUUUAUUUAUAUUGUCUAUCUACUCAACGUGAGAUUGCCUCGAGCGAUAUCUAUAAAACUUUAUACCUCUUUAGAGUUAUAUAAUAGGAAGUAUUCAUAAUUUCAUAUAGUAUUACAACUUAAAGUUGUUAGGUAAUUUUAAAAUUGAUAUAAAUACAACGGAUAGAGAUAUACACAUAUAUUGGUACCAAACUGAUGCUAUACAAGUUUUAUAUAUCUUUUUACCAAGAACAUAUAAGUAUGUAAUAAUUUUCUAUUUGAGUGUGUAAAAAAUUAAAUGCAUAACAAUAUAUAUCAGUAAUCGAAUAACAAUCGAACUCGAUAAUAAAAUAUCACUUUAAUUCAUCACAUUUAUUUACUUUUUUGUUUAAAAGUGAUUUUGACUCCAAACUGUGACUAUUGUAAUUAAUACAAGAUUCAUAUUUUUUUUAUUUCGACAGUGAUUGUAAAAUGAACUGCUUGUGGUUGAAGUGGCGGCACGACGGAUAUGGAAAGAGUACUAAAGGUGUGACGGAUAGGGAGAAUUGAAAAAAGGUUUAAUAUAUAACUAUUGCAGUGUAUUCACUUGAUAAUUAUAUACAAUUUUUGAACUGAAAAUUGGCAACAGGUGCUUAAAGAAUUCUUUUCAUGCUCUAAAUAAUGUCAAAUAUUUUCAAUCUGUUCGAUUUUAUGCAUUCUUUUUUUUGCCAAUUUUCAGCCAGUAGUAACACAUUAUUUUAUAUUUAUUAUUUUUUAAACAUAGAGAACAGACACAAUUUUUUUACAGUGAAGUUAGAUUUAGUGAGAAUUAAAAAUAGAUUAUCACAAUUUAUAAAAUUAAUCAAUAUGAGUGACAUACAAUUAACGUGUUACUUUAUUUCACUAUUUUUUUUAUUGUCACUGAUUCACAAUGGUAGGUAGUUUAGUAAAUAAUGGUUAUUACAUUAUUUCUCGAACAAAUUAUGGUAAGUGUGCAGUCAGCACAUGAAUCUAUCUAAUUUCAUAGAAAAUUCGCCCCUAUUACGACGGCAUAUAGAUACAGGGUAACUUGACACGCGGUCGACAAUACCAUGAUGAAGUAGAUGACAGUUCUGAACUGUUCCGUAAAUUAAACUUAACUUAGUUUAACUACCACGUAGUUAAGUUAUUUGCCUCAUUACCCGAUAUUUGGUACAAAAGGGAAGGAUGAGAUUUCAGUUUAUUUAGGACAUUAUGAUAUUUAUCAUUUUAGGAGAUAGAUGAAGAAAUUCCCUUGUGCUGUGGCACAUAAAGACAAAAAUAAUAACGUUGCUAAGAUGAAAAUAAAUUAGCGUCGCCUUAUCCAGAUUUCCUGUUAGAUUUAGUGUGUGGCGCGGAUCCACCGUUGUAGGCUAAAGAGUCACGCUCUUUGUUUGUCAUUAAAACUAAUUAACACGAACUUUUUAAAUCACAGUAAAUAAUUAAAUAAACAUAUCCAAGAAAAAGUUUAUUGCGCAAAUCAAUGAUAUAGAAAAUGAUAUAGAAAUAUGCAAUGAUAUAGAAAAGGAUAAUCCAGGCUCUUUUAAAUAUUUCCAAAGAUAUGAAUCUGGCUAUCGAUAUAUAUCGAAGUUUUAAAUAAUUUUGCGAACAGAAAACAUAUUAGGAGCUAAAAUUUUAAUAUAUAAGGUGGCUAUGACCUCAUCCUUUUUUGAGGACUUGAUCCGCGCCUGAUUUAUUAUAAGAUACUUAAAGUGAUAACCACUGGUGAUAACUACAUUUCUAACGGCACGAGUACAUUUUACAUUUUUUCUCACAUUCAAAUACAGCAUUUCAAUAGAAGACGGCGAGGAUUUUAAAAAUAUGCAAUAAUAACAUAUUACAUACAGACACAUUUUGCGUUUAUGCCAGAGUUACGUUAAUGAGAAAAUCCAUUUCCCGCAUAUUUAUAAUGACGCCAUAACAUAUGUAUGUAGGCACUUCUAAUAUGGGACGUUUUGGUAUCAAAAGACUUAAUUGAAAUAAAUUACGUUCUACAAUGCAAUAAAUGAAUUGAAUUGACUAUAUUUGAGGUUAGUUACCUAAGAUAUGGGAAAAUACAUUUUCUACAUGACGUCAUAACAUAUGUUACAUUUAGUGUGGGGCGUUUUGGUAUCUUCCAAACAGCGAACAAUGUGAAUUUGUCUUACAAUUGCUUCGGCACUUGACGUGAUUCUUACAAUAAUGAUUCUGUAAAUUGUGAACCGCUACUAUAUGACGCAUCGAGUCAAAACUUGUCCGGUAGUCUCCAUGUGUAUCUAUAAAAAGUAAAUGAUUAUUCCAUACUUUUUUAUUCAUUUAUUUUGAUAACAAAGCUAAUACAGAUAAUUAUUACCAUUUAUUACUAAGUACCUGAUAUAUUACAACUGCACAUUUAUUUUGUUAAAAAUACCUAAAAUGUUUCAUACUUAAUAAAAACUUUUACGAGUCCAAUAUAAUACUUAUUUAUAAUAUUAAGAAGAAAUAAAAAUAGUGUGUACCUAUGUGAUAUAUUUUAAUAAUAAUAUAUAUACAAAAAGUUGAUUGGCAUUAUAUAUUUGAAAUAGUUGUCUAAGUACAAAAUAACUACAUUUUUCAAACAGUUUGAUUUUGUAUGAAACCCAAGAGUACCCAACCUAUGUGAAGACCAAAGAUCAAGACAUUCCUGUAUUUAAUAGUAGAUAUGCAUAUAUGAAAAUGUUGCUUGUUUAUUAUUUGAAUUAUUUAUCGUCAAUCCGAAAUAUAUUUUUUGUUGUUUUGUUGCUAGCUGUAUCAUAUAAUAUCCGGCAGCUAGGUGGGUCGACGAUGUAAAGGAAAUUGCUGGCAACAACUGGAUGGGGAUGGCCCAGGACAUGAAAUGAAAUGGUUGGCGGAGACGGAAGGAGUCCUAUGCCCAGCAGUGGGUCACGGAGGGCUGUAGAUGAUGAUGAUGAUAAUAUAUCAUAUAUAGCGUUUGUUCACUAACUGCUAACUGGAGGUCCUAGUUUCGAUCCCCGGUCAGGUCAAUAUGGAAAAUAAUCUUUUCCAGAUUGACCCGGGUCUUACAUGUUUCUCUUUAUUUAUUAGUAUCGUAUAACACAAAACUGGAACUUAUCUUUGGGGCUAACUCAAUCUGUGUGAUUUAUCCAUAUACUUGUAUUUAUAUUUAUUAGAAUGUAAUCAACGGGGGGCUACCAUGAAACAUAAAAUACGUAGCACGUCAUUGCGUCCACACGUUCACUCUUUUUUACACGAUUCAUGCUCGAUAUAGGAAAAAGGGACUGCAACACACGUUACGUGCUACGUGUUUAUAUGUAUUUGUUUCGUGCUAAGCCUACUGGACCGUGCGUAAACACGCGCGUCAACGCGGAUCUGUUUAAGCACAUAAUUUCAAUUGAUUAAAAACUAAAGUGAGAGUUGUAACUUGUCGUUCACUCCGCCUUUUCGAUUCCUUGUUAAAUGAAUGUUCCCCUAUGUAUAUUUUUGGUUACCUGAUUCGUGUUAUAAUAAAUUUUCGAAUUUUAAUUUAUUACAUGUGAUCGAUUACCCAGUUUUUUGUAACUUAUAUAAAUUUAAGGAACCUUCGAAGUUUGAGUUGCCAUAUUUAUUGGGAAACAAUAAGCUCACAAGAACAAUAACCAAUGAAAAGGUUCUUGAGCUAUUGAAAUUAACCUACUUACAUAUUUCAGGCAAACGAAAUAUGGCAUAUUUUUUAUUAAAUUUAAGUAUUACAAAGUAAAUUUUCGCUCGAACAGAAACUUAUUUUUAUUACUAAUUGAAUUUGUUGAUUUAAGCGACGAUGAUGUUUUAAAUAAAUGUUUUUAUAAAAUACAA